UUAUCCUUUUUUUUUUUUUUUUGGCAGGUGCAGACUUCGUGAUGGAGUCCAGCAUAUAUUCCACCAUAUGUUCUCAAGAGGACAAUGUCAAUCUGUAUUUUGUAAAGCUAAUUGAGGACUCCCCUUCCAACAUACUACUCUGUGCUUAUCAGGCUUGUGAAAAAUUCAAUAGACAAUGGCUGUCAUGUGAAGACUGCAAGCAAGUCAUUCCUACCAAGGAAGAUGUCUUUAUUUGUGACCCAUUUAAAGGAGAAGCCUUUGAGUACCUGGUAUCGUGCCCCAAGUCUAUUGUGGUAGGUCCACAAUGCAUUCUUUCUUGUCUUCGUCGCAAUGAACCAAUUCCUGCCCUACCCUCACCACUGCACAAUACAGCCAUGAGUGGUCUUGUCAUCACUACCACAGGCUUCCCCAAGGCCCAGAAGGAGAAGCUUCAGCAUUUGGUCCAGCAGAUGUCUGGCAUCUUUUCCAACACCUAUCAUCUGGAUGUGACUCACCUUGUGGUCAAGAUGGUCGGCAGUGAGAAAUACAAGGUUGCAGUGGAAAAGGGAUGCCCAACCAUGACAGAAGAGUGGGUAACAGCUGUUUGGGAGGCGGUGCAGAAUGGGGAUGUGUCUAGCCAUGUUUCUGCAACAGAUAACCGUUUCUUACCAUACCUGUGUCAACCUUUGCAUGGACUGGUAGUGUGUGUUUCCCAGGCAGAUGAGGCCACCAAGUUGUCCCUGAAAAAGCUCAUAGAGGAGAAUGGUGGUACAUACACCACUAAGCUGGCAAGGUGGGAGACCUCUGUGCUCAUUGUGUCAUCUCCUGAAGGCAAAAAGUACCAAUUUGCCAUUAAGUGGGGUGUACCAUGUGUUUUCCCUGACUGGAUUCAUAACUCAGUACAACAAGGCUAUGCUCUUGACAAGGAGGAAUAUGAAGUUCCUCCACGCAAAAGCUCCACAUCCAACUCCAUCCUUAGUAAUGAUAUGCCUCCUGAUUUCUCAAUGUGCAGCACCAUCCUAAAUGACACAGAUACAUACAGAACAAUCAGCUUUGCAGAUGAAACUGUGGCCUUGGAUGGCUUGGUGAAGGAGAGAGAAGUUCUAGAGAACAGUGAUGUAGAAGCCUUGGAAAGUCUGGACUUGCAGGAUGCCAUGAAGGCAGGCAGUUUCCUGAAGGGCUAUCGUGUGUUCCUGUCAGGAUUUAAUGCCAACCACAUGGAGAAGCUGAGGCGGAUACUGGGUGCUGUAGGGCCUCCAGACUCAGCCAGCUAACAGAAUCUGUCACUCAUGUGGUACUAGGGAAAACAUUCUGUGUGUUUGGACUUAGCCAGGAGAUGAAUGAAGAUUUGGAGGAAAUGAUAGAGCGUCAUGAUGGCCAUGUGGUGAAGAUGGGCAGUUCAGAGACUAUUCAUUACUCAGUGGUAACUGCUGGAAGUCACCAUGUGAAUAAGGGACAGCUAAUCUCCCAUGCCUUCCUAGAGGACUGUGUUGAGGCAAAGGUAAUUUAAUGUUAAGUUUUUUAGGUUUUGCAUAAUUUCAAUUUCUUUUUCUCCUUUUUUCUUACUUUUCUUUGCAUUAGAAUCUCAGUUCUUGUACUUAUUCAUUUCCUGAAUAUUGUUCGAAAUUUAUAAUGUUUGGAAACCGAAACUAUUUUCCACAUAGUAAUCAAAGUAAAAUGAAUUGAUACAUUCCAGGACACCUAUCUGUUCUCUCUUAGUGGCUCAUAACAGAUGCUCCCUCAACCAAGUGUCUGCUCCACAACAUCAGCUCAGAAAUCAUUAUUUAUACAUAAAGGAUGUAUUGAGUGAACUUUGUGACAAGGAAGCUAUUAGAAAAUAUUGUUUAGACUAAGUACCUGUUCUCUUUGUCACAGAUCUAGUAAGAGAAGCCUUAUAGAGUGACAGAGGAGUAAUCCACUUACUGUCAAACUGAAGGUGAUCAUAACACUUAAAACACCUUACUAUUGAGAAAAAGCCACUAGGAAAAUGUAGUUGUGUAAUAGUGAUUGCAUUUUGUGCCAUUAAGAGAGCUUGAAAUUAUUCCUUAGCACUGAAAGCUUUGUUUACAUCAAUGCUUUUCAACAGGAUGACUUUUAACAUACCUCAAAAAUUUAAUGACUGUCUUUUUCAUUGUCUCUCCUCCAAAUGCAUAAAAAUAAAGGAAAUAUUUAUAGAAACUAUACAUUAGUACAAGUAAAGUAUACAAGUACAGUAAAGUCUCGAAUCUCGAUCAAUCUUAUCUCAAUAUUUUGCAUCUCAGUUCCACCACCAAGAACCCAUGAUUCACAUAACUUGCUGAAAUUACAUGAACAAGAAGCAUGUGCAGUGGUGGAUCAAGGAUAAAAAAAUUUCAGGGGGUGACCAAUCUGAAUUCCUGUACACAUUGAGAUUGGUGGUGAGCCAUAUCAACUGGGUUUUCAGAGGCGAAGGGGUGCUGAAAGCUCCCGGAAAAUUUAGUGAAAAUUUAGCAGUCUUGAGACCAUUUUUAAGAAGCUAUAUACUGAGCUAUUUUUAUAUAAUAACAGUAAUAAUUCAUUAAUACUCAUUUUCUCUAACUCCAGUGAGGAGUAACUAACUUAUUAAUCAUAGGAGCGAGGAUCAAAUUAUAGCCUCUCUUACAUCCCAUACUCGUAAAGAUGUAAAGACUCAGACUUGCAGUAAGUUACUGAAUCUGAUUUAGCCUCUUCAGAAAGCUUUGUUACAUUAUUGUUCUGUACAUACCUUCUAUCUUGUACCACAUAUAUACAUCCUCACUCAUGAUAAACAAAAAUUGGGGGCACUCAGCCCAUUGAGCCCUGCACCUUGGAUCCACCACUGGCAUGAUGAUGUGAUUUUUUUCAAUUGCUCUUGCACCUAGUGAUAGCUUGCACUCCAAAAUGUGCUCUGGAAGCUUCCAAAAGAUUACAGUGUGUUCUGCAGUACACUAUAGUUGGGUUAUGUCACUCAUGACAUUCACAGGUGAUACGCAUACAGACUGCAGGUAGGAGGAAUAAUAUUGAUAAACAAACCACUCACAGUGCUCUGUGGCCUCUCUCCUCCUUUUGCCUUAUUAAAACUUAAUUUCUUCUCUAAAUAAUAUCUACAGCGUCUCUGAUCAACUGUCCCAAGUGAAGGAUGAGGAAUGGAGGGUGGGGAGGAUGUGUGGGAAUAACAUCCUGUGCAGUGCACCCUAUGCACAGUGUUCAUCCUUAAUAUGCACCUUUAUGGGUGAUAAAAACCCACGCAUAUUGCGAAAAUGCAUAUUGUGAACUGAAGAAUCAAUGGCAAAAUGGUAUAUGAUCAGACGACUCCAAGAUUAGGUGUACCGUAUCAUAACUUACUUGUACUGUAUUUAUCCUUCUGUGUUGCAGAAGAGCUUAUUGAUGACCCUGUACUAAUAUAAGAAAUUAAAUUUUAAGUAGGGAAGAGGAGGAGAGGAAAGAACAUAGACCACAGAAUGCCAUGAGAGGUUUGUUUACAACACUGUUCCCAGCAAGGCAUAAAUGUGGGCAGAGAAGGUAAGCGAGAAAGAUGAGAGGAGUUUGUUUUGUUUCGUGCCUUUUCAGUAACUAUAACGUUCUUCAUUUCUAAAUUAAUCUUUCUAUUCUUGGAAUUUCUGGCUGGAGCCAUGAUGAUCUCAGGUUAGUGAAAAUCGCAAUGCAGUGGUAAGGCAGAGGGGACAGGAAGGCAGCAGUGUGUGUGUUUGUUAGGUUAAGUAAAGGCACACCUGUUCACCAGCUGGAGUCUGGUGAUGAACUAACUACUAACUUAUGAGUCAAAGUCCAAGGGUUCAGUGAUACCAACAUGGUGAGACACACAUGCAAAUUGGAGGCACAUAUUAAGAGUACAUAAUUUUUGCUUUAUAAUCAUAAAAUCAAAUUUACAUAUCAAUAAUUCCAUUUUGCAUAUUGUAAAUUAUUAAUAAUCAAUAUUUUGGGAAUAUAGCUGCAUAUUGUGAGAAACAUUAUGAACAUGCAUAUUGGGGCUAACUACUGUACUAGCCACCUGUCAGCUGUCCAAACCCAGCAUAUGGUCUAGAUCAUUAUUUGGCUACCUGGAUGCCAUUCACCAUAUUUUCUGUGGCCAAUGGAAGGACUCAAUAGUGGGUAAGAGCAUGUUUGGGUGUCAGGAACCACAAAGUGGUGUUGAAAAUUCUGGAAGUGAGAAAUGCAGUUAAGAUAAAAGAAAAAAAAAAGGAAAAAAAAAAAUACAUUACAGAAAAUAUAUGAUGUAUAUUGUGUGAAACUUUAGGUGUAAGCUAGAAAGAUCAUGGAAUUGAUAUACCUAUGUUAGUUGUCAAGGCUUUGGCCCCAGUUGCAUUUUUUCCCACACGUUAACUUCACAUCUUGAAACUUGAAUCUCAAUCAGUAUUUUCGGUCCCAAUUAUGAUCGAGAUAAGAGAUUCUACUGUUUGUAACAUUGUUUGAAAACAGAAUUAUGGUAAGACAACAGAAACAUUUGUGAGUCAAAAAUUUUGUUUGAAAGAUAGACAUUCUGUAACUGAUGUUCUUUUACCUAUUCUUUUCUUCAUCUUUAUAUCCUAUCCCUUCGUGUCUAUUUCCUAUAUCUGUGUUUAGAUUUUUUUCCCUGAUUGCCUCCUGUGCUUCACUUUAUUACUCUCUUUCCUUUUAUAUUUUCUGCUCCUUUUUCUUUUAUUUCAGAGUGUGUGUAUCUUCAGUAAAGUACUAACUUCAAAAAGAUGCACACUGCAUCUGUGUGCACAAUGAGUUAAUCUGCUUUCAUGCCCACACUCUUGAAUACUCUGAGUCACUGUCAAAUUAAGUUUUUUUGUUGAAUACCUCUCACCGAGCUCCUCUGACUAAGAAAUUCUUUGACUACAUAACUUCAAAAGUGGAGCAUAUUGUGACUUUCUUCCCUUUGCAUUCCUCUCCCUCUACUGGUAAUCUUGGUGAAGAAACCUUUAAUUUUACUAUCUUCUCUGCCCUAGAAAACAUGUGGUACAACAACUUAUUCAUUUUCUUGACUGUCUUGGACAAAUUUCUUAAUGAAGGGCAGUAAAAUUUAUGAUUAUCCAACAUCAUGUGGCUUACAUGUUUUGAUACCAAUUAAAAUCAGUAUUUUCCUCUCAUCUCCCUUUGCUCCCUUCUUUUUCUUCUCGUAUGCUUUUCUUUUCUUUUUCCUUCUUUCUUUUACAUGGUACUGUCAACCCAUGCUGUACAUAAUUACAAAUUGUCACGAAAUCCAAGAUUCAGUGAUUAAUAUAAUAUUUCAAAAAUUUACCACUGAUUUACAUUGCAUGAAUUAUUACUUAUCAUAUACUAGCUUAAAAUGGUUUGAUAUACAACAUACAAUGGACUUGGAAUAUAUAUCAGAAUUAUCUAGACGUUAUAUGAGUUAAUUGAAAUGUUGGUUGAAUUUAUUACAAUUUAGUUUUGGUUUGCUUGAUUUUGUCAGAUUGAAUUCAUGCAAAUCUGGCUUAUAGGAACAAGCCACAUUAAAACAUGAAGAUUUUUUAUGUAUGAUAGGUUCUUGAGCAUAAAUAUAAUAGAUUAGGGUAAACUGUAUAUUCUCAAUCUUGUUUGUAACUAGACCAAUA